GAGUUUUCUAUCUGUAUUCAAAUGAGUAAAUUAAAAAAUAAAACAUAAGGCGUAUAUUAUGACAAACGAAGCCAAAUUCAUCUAUUACCUGCGUUAAAUAGUCUGCAUCUGCUCGGUCACACCGAUCAGCUGUUUCUUUGCGUCGUUAAUUUGUUUUUUUUUUACAACCAAUUGCAUCCGAUUCUUCCAAAUCGGGGAUCUGAAAAUGGAGUCGCCCACCUCGCACCUGGUGGCCAAAGAUUUCCAGGUGACGGGUGUCUCGCGCAGUGGACGCGUACGCAAAAAGUCAUCGAAGCUUUUGGAUUUUGAAUCGCCGGAAGAGAUUGAAAAACGAACAAGGCGGCAAAGUGGAGGAAGGCAGCCAUCUAGAUACAGCGGACGCGGCAGACCAUCAAAUGCUUUGCGGGACUUAGAUCUCGACCAGGAGAUGCUCGUCGAUGAGCCCAACAUCUCUGAUAAUGAGGAAUUUCAUCCAGAAACACCAACUACUGCCGUGGCAUCAACAAUCCUAAAUUCCGAUGACGAACUGGACAACUUGGUGCAAGAUCUCGUUGAUGGCGUUCAGGCUGAGGCCACCAAUCAGGAGUCCUCGGUCCGCCAAAGUCUCUAUAUGCGUGAGAAGGCCAAUAAGCGGAAGGUACUCAAGGAUGGCAAGGUUGUCAAUUCAAAAGCUCAGCGUAAGGACAAAGGCAAGCAACGCUACACUGCCUAUAGUCUGUGGGCCAGAGAGGCUCGCAAGAAAGAGCUCCAGGAUCUGGACUUUACCAGCGCUACUAGACGCCUCAGUGAAAUGUGGUCAAAUGUCUCCAAUCGGGACAAGAAUGCCUGGCGGCGCAAGGCCAAGAUUCAGGCUUCCAGGGCCAGAUCGCGUGACAGAACUGGUCCAAAUGGCACAACACAGGUGGCAAGCAAUGGCAGCACACCAAUAGUAGAUACCCCACAACACGAGACAAUCUUCCAAAAUCGAGCAACAACUAGUCGCACUAGAAAAUUAGCUGCUGAUCGGCAGCAAUCCUCUAUAGAAGCUGCGGCGGCCGCAGCAGCGGCGAGUACUUCCUCUCAGAGACGCAGCAUUACCACGCGAAGUGGCAGAUCUCCAGCCUCAACCAGCACUGCGAAACAGCAAUCCUUCGCGGAUGGGGAUGUAAGCAGCCGCACUGGUGGUCAACAGAAACAAGACGAGCUUACUGGCAAGACUAGCAUCGAAGUAAUCGAUGCAGCGGCACAUCUGAAACUUUUGGGCGAAAGCCUGACUGUUAUUGGCGAGCGUCUGAAGAAGCACAAUGGUUACGUAGCCCUCUCAGGUAGUCUGUCCGUACUCCUGGACAGUUUGCUCUGCGCCAUGGGACCGCUGCUCUGCAUGACCACGCAGAUACCGGGCUUGGAAAACAAAGCUCAGCUAAGUAAAAAUCUUGCCGAUACACUGGAUAAUAUCGCAUACGUUAUGCCGGGACUUUAAUAUAGUACUUCAGUACACUAGAAUAACCAUAUAAUAUAUAUUUACAUACAUAUGUAUGUAAAACCAUACCAGGCAGCUGAGCUUCCAACGGGGUUCGUAAACCGCCAUUGGAUAUAUAUGUUAAUUAAGAAUUAGCCGUCAACCAGCAAUCCAUUAAAUAUAUCUCUAGUUAUAAGCAGAUCAAGCAUCUCGAUCCUGAAUUAGUUAAACUAUCUUUGAUACAUCUGCCUCUUUCCGAGUUGUUUUUUAUUGAUUUGGAUUGUGAUUUAAAACUUUUAAAUUUUAGUUAAAAUUUACCUAUUUUUUCCCCCUUAAAAUAAAAUAACU